AUGGAUAGGAAAGAGGCGGAUGCACUGAAGGAAUGCGAUAUACUUGUUACGAGGUGGCGGAGUGGGAGGCCUUACGUUCGCGCUUUCCGGAAUGGUAAGACGAUUGGAACCCUUGCCUGGGUAUUCCACGUCCAGUCUACUGGUAUCCUUUCUCGACCACUGGACCAACUCUUACAUUAUCCCGUGCCGAAAAAGCCCAUCGAGAAUUUUUCCCUACAUGAAAUCACGGUAACGAAUUAUACAGGCGAAGCCCGGGAGUACCUCAAGAAACUCAUUACCGCCAUGGGCGCCACAUUCACCCCAAGUAUGACGGGAAAAAAUACAGUUCUCAUAGCCGCUUUUCCGCUACUCAGCCUCACGGGAACAAAAGCAACCAAAGCCCUCUCCUGGUCUAUCCCAGUAGUGAAUCAUACCUGGCUCGAAGAUUGCUUUGUCCAAUGGCGCAACCUCACAGUUGGGGUGGAGAAAUACAUCGUCUUCCCCCCUGGCGUGGAUUUCAGCACGCUCCUUGGGGAGAGGGGUGUGGGUGUGGGACGGGGGAUCGAGGAAGAGGUGAAGGAGAUGGGUGACGAUGAUGAAGAGUGGGGAGAGGCGGUGCAAGAGGUGGAAGGACCGAGGGGUACGGACGCCAGCAUGAGGGUGGUCCAGGGCCUGGUUGAUGGGGAGAGGGAGGAGCACUCCGGGAUGGACGUGGACGGUCGUUCUCCUGGCGAAUUUUGGACGAAGAUGAAAAUGAAGAGGAGGAGAUGCGCCGGCCUGUGGUCAAGUCCAACCUCAACGACGCUUUAUCUUCCGGGAAAAAAGUACCUGCUCCUUCAUCGUCAUCAAGACCUUCCUCCCCAACUGUCAAACCCACUACAUGGAAGAGUCCGGCGAACCUCUUCCUUGUUGCUAUUCCUUCGAAAAUGCCGACGAAGAUUAAGGCCCAGGCGAAGGAGCUGGAGCUGGAGCUUUCUCCCCUUGUCGCCAGUUGCGUCGUCCCCUGACAAGUCGCCUCUGACGUCUGCGCCGGCUUCGCCUGUCACGCCCGCACAAGUCAAGUCAGCGGAAGAGGAGGUACUAGCCAAGUCGAAUUCAGGCCCCACAUUCAAGAAGAAGACGUCCACGCGAACACACGAGGAAAAGUAG